AACAUUAAAAAAAAAAUUAAACAGUUGACUAUUUCUUUAAUACUCAUUAUUACUGUUAAUUACAUACUAAAUCUAUCAAUAAUCAUUCUUUAAUAACAUUUCUCCAUCAUCACUAAUUUACUACACACUACUCAGUUCAACCAUUUCCGGCUCACCACUUACCAACUCUUCAUUUAUUUAUUUAUUUUUAAAUCUUUCAAUCAUUGACUUUCAAAAUUACCAAUGAAAUUUUGGAUCUUUCACACAAACCCAGUUCAAAUCAGCCCUUGAAUUGGUGUUCCAUGGCUAAAGUUUUGAUCUUGGUGCAUCUGUUAUUGCUUUGGAUUGAUGGGGGAUGGUGUUCAAAGACCGAUCAGGAGGCACCGUACAGGAUUCACACACUGUUUUCAGUUGAAUGUCAGAAUUACUUUGAUUGGCAAACGGUUGGGCUCAUGCAUAGCUUUAAGAAGGCUAAGCAACGAGGACCCAUUACCAGACUGUUGAGCUGUACGGAUGAGGAGAAGAGGAAGUAUAAAGGGAUGCAUUUGGCUCCUACUAUGGAAGUUCCUUCCAUGAGUAGACAUCCUAAGACUGGGGAUUGGUACCCUGCAAUCAACAAACCUGCUGGAGUUCUCCACUGGCUAAAGCAUAGUAAAGAUGCAGAAAAUGUAGAUUGGGUUGUGAUUCUAGAUGCAGACAUGAUCAUUCGAGGUCCGAUUAUACCUUGGGAACUUGGUGCAGAGAAAGGCAGGCCUGUUGCAGCAUAUUACGGGUACUUGGUUGGGUGUGACAAUAUGUUGGCUCAAUUGCAUACGAAGCACCCUGAAAAGUGUGACAAGGUUGGUGGACUUUUGGCCAUGCAUAUUGAUGAUCUUCGAGCACUAGCACCAAUGUGGCUUGCAAAGACCGAAGAGGUACGUGCUGAUAAAGCUCACUGGACAACCAAUUUAACUGGCGACAUCUAUGGACAGGGAUGGAUAAGUGAGAUGUAUGGUUACUCAUUUGGUGCAGCAGAGGUUGGACUUCGGCACAAGAUUAGUGAUGACUUGAUGAUCUACCCAGGCUAUACUCCACGACCUGGUGUUCAGCCUAUUCUACUUCACUAUGGUUUGCCAUUUAGUGUGGGGAAUUGGUCUUUCUCUAAAUUAAAUCACCAUGAAGAUGAUAUUGUUUAUGACUGUGGAAGGCUUUUUCCUGAGCCUCCUUACCCUAGAGAGGUAAAGUCGAUGGAAUCUGAUCUUAAUAUAAGGCGGGGUUUAUUUUUAAGCUUAGAGUGUAUAAACUCUUUGAAUGAAGGUCUCUUAUUACAGCAUGCUGCAAAUGGAUGCUCUAAGCCAAAAUGGACGAAAUAUUUGAGUUUCUUAAAGAGCAAAACUUUUGCUGAAUUAACUCGGCCACAACUUGUGUCUGAAAGUAUAAAAACUGAGACUAAAAAGGAGCAGCAAAACCCCGAUGACACUCACAAACCAUAUCCAAAAAUCCAUACCAUAUUUUCUACAGAAUGCAUCCCAUAUUUUGAUUGGCAGACUGUAGGCCUUGUACAUAGUUUCCACUUAAGUGGACAACCUGGAAAUAUCACAAGGCUUCUCAGUUGUACAGAUGAAGACUUAAAGCAGUAUAAAGGUCAUGAUCUGGCUCCCACCCAUUAUGUCCCUUCUAUGAGCCGGCAUCCAUUAACUGGUGAUUGGUAUCCGGCCAUUAAUAAACCAGCCGCUGUUCUUCACUGGCUUAAUCAUGCAGAAAUUGAUGCUGAGUUUAUUGUUAUUCUUGAUGCUGACAUGAUCAUGAGAGGCCCAAUCACACCAUGGAAGUUCAAAGCAGCACGUGGCCGUCCAGUUUCAACUCCUUACGAUUAUCUUAUUGGCUGUGAUAAUGAGCUUGCAAAACUCCAUACACGCCACCCUGAAGCUUGCGACAAGGUUGGGGGUGUUAUCAUUAUGCAUAUAGAAGAUCUUCGAAAAUUUGCAAUGCUAUGGUUGCAUAAAACUGAGGAGGUCCGUGCAGACAAAGCUCAUUAUGCUAGAAAUUUCACCGGAGACAUAUAUAAUUCUGGCUGGAUUAGUGAGAUGUACGGUUACUCUUUUGGUGCAGCUGAGCUGCAACUGCGACACAUUAUAAGCACGGAAAUCUUGAUAUACCCUGGAUAUAUUCCUGAGCCUGGCACUAACUACAAAGUUUUCCACUAUGGGUUAGAAUUUAAAGUUGGAAACUGGAGCUUUGACAAGGCAAAAUGGAGAGAUACUGAUAUGAUCAAUAAGUGUUGGGCGAAGUUCCCGGACCCGCCUGAUCCUUUAACACUUGAUCACACUGAUAACGACACCCUACAGCGGGACCUACUUAGCAUAGAGUGUGCAGAAAAACUGAAUGAUGCACUGCUCCUGCAUCAUAAGAGGAGAAACUGCCCGGAUCCUGGGUCUUUAUCGAACUCAAAUUCCUUUGCAUCGAAUGAAGCUGUAAGUUCAAUAAAAUCUGACAAGAUUGAAGAAAGUAAUGUUGUUAGAAGCAACGUGCCUACCAAAGAUUCUGAGGAAACAUCUUUGCAGAAAACGAAAGAUGGACUCGUUGGUUCUUUGAGAAUCUGGGUUAUUAUGUUAUGGGCACUAUCUGGAGUUGGAUUUAUUGUAGUAAUGCUAAUGAUGUUUGUCGGUCGUAAAAGUAAGGGAGCGAAAGGAAAAAGAUACAGAAACAAAAGAAGAUCAUCGUAUUUGGGUUUCUUGGAUACGAAUGGCCGUGAACGGUUUCUUCCCAAUGCCGAUGCAUCAUUGUAACCUUAACAUUGUUUAAGAACAACCACAUUGAUUUAUAGAGGAUCAGAUAUCUAAAAGCAUUGCAGACUCGGAAGUAUACUGAUACUGCAGAAGAGUGUAGAAUAUUUUUCAGAAGAGGAGAUGAUACUACCAUAGAAAAUUUUGGUUGCUCAUUCUACCAUUGUAACUUUGAAUAAUGAAUGAAAUAGAGUGCACAUUUUUUUGCUA